CCACUUUCGCUCUCAGAACGCACCAAAUGGAUCUGAUUGAAAAUACCACUGAAAAUACUGAUCCUGAAUUUCCUCAGAGUCAAGAACUCUUUAGUGAUCCAAAUGAUAGUUUUCAAGGGGAAACCUCCAGCACUCAAAAUGUAGCGACGUUGUCUAAAGACCAGGACAGUGUGUUAACCAGUGAUAGUUCAGGGUCUGGUGACAGCUUGUUUGAAACACAGAUUGCGUGCACACCUACGCGAACCCAGAGACGAGCAGCAAGGUCCUAUAGCCCUCUCACCCCAUCGGACGACUCAAGUGACUAUGAGCCAAUUCCCAAAAAACUCACUGUUCGAGAGAUUGUGCAAAAUUAUUUUCAAAAGAAGAAACGCAAAAGAAAGAAGAAGAAGAAAAAGCAAACUAGGAAGCCUGCAAUAAAAACAAGAGAAAAGAACCCUUACAAAAAACGUCCGAUUUCCUUGGAAGAGAGGAAAAGGAGACUGCGGCAUAAAGGGAUUGAGUUUCCUUUCAGAAACCCCAAGUUUUUGCCUUUUAAAAUGUAUUAUACAUACGAGAAAUUUGUUGUGGGUGCAUUUCUGCAUUAUCUGGAGAUCCUCAAGAGUGAAAAUCAUUUACUAGAAUCUCUGAAGAAAAUGAAUGCAUCUGAUCAUUUAUCAAAUGAAUCCUUUGAAAUGCAGAGAUACAAGUAUCUAGAUGACGAUGGGCCUAUUUCCCCUAUCUCCGAGUCAGCGGAAAAUGUGAACUGUGAUCAAGAGCCUGAAGAAUAUGAUGCACAAAUUGUGGAGAAUAACUGCUUCGUUUUGAGCUCCAAGGUCCCGAAUGAUAAUGACUGGUGCAUCACAAAAGAAAGCGAAGAGGCCUGACGCUGCAGAGCUGAUAUCUGAAAGCCAGCUUUUUUUGCUCUGCCGGGCUUAGUAUCUCCAAUGAAUAGACUUUGUAUAUGGUUUUCUUCCUGUGUUGUUGAAGUCCUCAAAAGUGUGAAUGUAAGGUGCUUCAUCAUGCAACAAUAUCCUUUUGGACAGACUUCAUCUAGCACCAGAAAGCAUGUUGCAUCAUGACCAUUAACAUUUGCACCUGUAAUUACUACUUGAUAAUAGUCUUAAAAUUCCUGCAAGACACGAGCAUCCUUAUUGUCUGUCAUUUUCAUAAAGUUUUACAUAUGCUGCUACAGCACUUUAUUAGAU